AUGCAAGCAACUAGUCCAAACGCCACCGUAUUUGCUCCGCCGCCUCAUCUUCUCUCACAACCACCAUCUCCGCCGUGGGUUUGCUUUCCACGCGCUUUGCCGUACUUCCACGUGUCAUAUGGCUACGCGUUUCCAAUGAACGGAAGGGGUGUAGCCAACUUACCUUGCACCAGCAGUGUAGGAGAGUCCAGCUUGAGUAGUAUUGGGCCAGAAUCUGUUAUAGCCCAUAAUGGGAGUCUAGAUGGGCCUUCCUUAAGUAGAUUCUCUAGGGCUAAUGAUGAGCCCAAUUUUGAUGAUGCUUUCGGCUUGAAUUUGCAUCUUAGCCUCGCGCCAGCCCCGUAA